AUGAAACGUUCCUAUUGUCUAGAAUUUUCUGAUAAGAAUGAGUUUGCAAAGUGGGUGGUCCUGAUGGCCAGUUCAUGUCUUGUCCUCUGUCGGGGCGACGUCAAAAGAUACCGGGAGGAGCUGCUAAAAUUUGCAGGGCAAUGGCCAGCGGCUUCUUUAAAGCGACUUGACGUUAGUCGCCAAGACAUCGACUUAAUGUCCUGUGAACAUCGCAAAAAGGACUUGAAGGAUAAGAUUUCUUCUUUGCGAGCGCAACUCGCAUCAAUUACCGAUGCGCUAUUCUCUGUCAGCACUCAAGGUAAAUCUGGUAGACGCUACAGAGCGGUUCAGACGCUCCGAGAAUUCGUUUGUGAGCUGGAGCAAGAUGCUGAACUAUGGAAUAAAUUCGACCAUGCUACCAAGUUCGCGUUGUUCCUACCGCUGCGCUCAAAGCACGAGAUGCAGGAGCUAUUACGACUAUUGGGACAAUAUGUUAAAACGGUGUGGUGCGAUACGGUUGAGCGUGUGUUUUUAGUGAUGCAAAAGUAUCUUGAGGAAUCUAAUGGGACGUACGCCCUCCGUCGUGACCAACUGAUUGCUAGAGAAUUUCGAGCCUUACUUAACUAUUGGAGCUGCCGUAAAGCAGUACGUCAUUUGAAAAUAACUUGCGAGAGCAGAGCCGAACGAGUAUUUUGCGAAGUGGAGGAGAAAUCAGAACGACUUCAAAUCUACACGGGACCGACCCGCACUCCCAACCCUCCACGACAUAGAGAACAACCGAUCCUUCAGUAG